UACAUAAUUUCGUACUCCAAGUAUUUUCCUAUAUAUAUAUAUAUAUAUCGGCUAGGUUGGCAAGAGUUGCAACAGUAUUGUUGAUGAUAAAGCUGGAAGGUGGUGUUGAUGAUGAGUAAUACAGGCAAGAGCAUGGAGGAUGAAAACAAACGAGUUGAGGUCGCAAGAGACAAGUAUAGGUCUUUCCUUGAUGAUGCUGCAGGCACUGAGUGGAGACAUGGCGGCCCUCCAGUUUAUGAUCAAAUCAAUCUUCUUUUCGAGCAUGGUCGAACCAAGGAUUGGCCCAAGGGAUCCCUCGAAGAGACGGUGCAAAAUGCUAUCAAGUCAUGGGAGAUGGAGCUCUCUCACAAGACCCGCAUCCAAGAUUUCAAGUCUGUUAAUCCCGAUAAGUUCAGACUCAUUGUCAAUGGAAGGGAGGGCUUAUCAGGAGAAGAAACACUGAGGUUGGGGAGCUACAAUGCUUUGUUAAAGAGUCCACUGCCAGAAGGGCUCCAGUACUACAAAGCUGAGGAAGAGAGCUUUCAGUCUUCUCAUGAUGCAUUUCGAUCAGCAUUUCCUCGGGGAUUUGCCUGGGAAGUGGUUGGCGUUUAUUCAGGACCCCCGAUGAUAGCAUACAAGUUCAGGCACUGGGGUUUCUUUGAAGGCCCCUUCAAAGGCCAUGCCCCUACCGGAGAAAUGGUUCAGUUCUACGGCAUGGGUCUCUUGAAGGUGGACGAAUUGCUGAGGGCAGAAGACGUUGAGAUCUAUUAUGACCCAGCUGACCUGUUCGCCGGCCUUCUCAGGGGUCCCAAAGAUCCACCAUUCCCCGAGUCUUCUUCAGAUAAAUCGGCUGCUUCCGCUACAAUCACAUCCAUUAAACGUUGUCCACUACAUUGAAAUUACUAUUUCAAAGCCACCAGUAGUCCAGUACCACAUCAGUGUUUAUCCUCCUUUUUUCAGCUUUGUAAUCCUGAUUAUUAUGUUUUUUUCAACUUUGAUUAUCAUGUUAAUUUCGC